UUAUCGGGGAAUUGAGUCCAUUGAUGUUAAGAGAUAUUAAGGCAAAGUGAUUGUUGCUUCCUGACCCAUCCCACCAUCCUCAUUCUUUUUAACCUCUUAAUUGAAAUAACAAGAAAUGUGCCCCCACAGGUUACACUGACACCAUUAACCUCAUUAUCCAGUAUUAUGUUUGCUAGAAUGGUCUUGUGAUAACUGAAAAUUCCCACACUCUAUCCUGAAAAAUACCUUCAAGUGUGGGUGCUUAUACAUUUUUUAAAAGAAACAUACCAAGACAAUAUGCCAUGCUUGUUUAUGCCCAUCUGGUUUUUCUCCAGUCUAAGUUCAAUCAGUCAAGACUCAAAAUGAUAAAAAGGCUUUCUCAUAGUUUCAUCAUAGAGGGAGUUUCUAUCAUAAACAAAUCAUUUUAUGAUGAAGGAAAGUUCGAGUAGAGAGUCUUCCCAUAUUGAUGGUAUCCACAAGGUAUAGAAAGUUGUUGAUGCUAAGACAAAAUAUCAGACAAGGACAAUUAUAAAAAUGCUUAUUUUAUCUUGGUUUUAAGAAGACCAGUUCAUUGUAAUGGGGAAGGAUUAACGACAAAUGCUGGAGAUCUGACAGUUUUGUCCUUUCUUGAGUUUUAUUCAGUCUAGACCCCAAUUCUGAGAUGGCACAAUGAAAUACAAAGCAGGUCUUUCCUCAUCAGCUAAAUAUCCCUAGAUAAGCCUCAGAGACUUUCCCAUAAGUGAUUUUCUUAGGUGAUUACAAAUCCAGCCAGACUGACAGUAAAAAUCAGUCACCACCAAGUCUACCUCUUGUUAAACUGACUUCCAGAAGCACCCUUUUAAAUUAUAAUGUUCUAUCCCUGGCCCUAAAAGGUUUGUGGUCACCCCAUAAAAGAAAAAUAAUUCAUUCUAAUUUCAAAAGUCCCCAAUGUCUUAGUACUUUAAACAUUUUAAAACUUCAAAGUCUCUUCUGAGACUGAAGACAAUCUUGGAACUAUGAGCUCUUAGGGGAAAGAAGUUUUAAAACUUAAAAUACAAUGAUAUAUAUUAAACAUUUACAUUCCAACCUAGGAAUAGAGUAUGGACAGACUGUGCCAAAAGCAAAGCCAAAACCUAGAAGAACAAUCACCAAAUCCUGAAGAUCUGUGUCAGCACCUAGGACUAUUGGGUGAAUUCGUUCAUGUCUUUGCAAGGAGCUGCACUGCAAGAAGGCUUUCCCACAUUGCCUGCAUCUAUAAGGUUUCUCUCCACCGCGAAUCUUUCCUGGUACCAAGGUGAACUAUGAUAUUUGCAAGUUUUGAACAUACCUAGCAAAAGGAUGACAAAAUAAUCUCAAGAUGAUGAAUCCCUAAAGAUCUGCUCUGAACGAUAAUGCUUAACAUUUCUUGAAGCAACUUUGUGCGGAGGAAAACAAAGGCGCUGUGAAAACGCAGAGAAACGACUUUAGUAAGACUGGAGGCUUCAUUUGAGUCAUGGCGUUUACCAAUUACAGCACUCUCAACCGGGCUCAACUAACCUUUGACUAUCUACACACAAAUUCAACUACCCAUGCAUUUUUGUUUGGUGCUCUUGCUGAACUGAUUGAUAAUGCGAGGGAUGCUGAUGCCACCCGGAUAGAUAUUUACGCUGAAAAGCGAGAGGACCUUCAAGGAGGAUUCAUGCUUUGUUUUCUGGAUAAUGGAGUCGGAAUGGAUCCAAACGAUGUCAUCAAUGUGAUCCAGUUUGGGAAAUCAGCCAAACGAACACCAGAGUCCACACAGAUUGGGCGGUACGGGAAUGGACUAAAAUCAGGCUCAAUGCGUAUUGGGAAGGAUUUUAUCCUCUUCACUAAGAAAGAAAACACCAUGAGUUGCCUCUUCCUGUCUCGAACCUUUCAUGAGGAAGAAGGCAUUGAUGAGGUGAUAGUCCCUUUGCCUACUUGGAAUAGUCAGACACGAGAACCUGUCACAGAUAACAUGGAGAAGUUUGCCAUUGAGACAGAGCUCAUCUACAAGUAUUCUCCCUUCCACACUGAGGAAGAAGUGAUGACCCAGUUUACAAAGAUUUCUGGGACUAGUGGAACCCUGGUCGUCAUUUUCAAUCUCAAACUCACGGACAACGGAGAACCCGAACUAGACGUAACCUCAAAUCCAAAAGAUAUCCGGAUGGCAGAGAUCUCCCAAGAAGGCGUGAAGCCAGAGCGGCACUCCUUCUGUGCCUACGCUGCUGUGCUGUAUAUCGAUCCUCGGAUGAGGAUUUUUAUUCACGGGCACAAGGUGCAGACCAAAAAGCUCUGCUGCUGCCUGUAUAAACCCAGGAAGUACACCUUCACGUCACACCGUUUUAAGACCAGGGCAGAACAAGAGGUGAAGAAGGCAGACCAGGUAGCACAGCUCGCGGAAGAGAAGGCCCGGGAAGCAGAGAGCAAAGCCCGUACAUUAGAAAUACACAUGGGUGGAGACAUCACCCGGGACUCCAGGGUGAUGUUGCGUCAGGUCCAGAAUACAGCCAUCACUCUCCGAAGAGAAGCUGAUGUCAAGAAAAGGAUCAGAGACGCCAAGCAGCAAGCACUCAAAGAACCUAAGGAGCUGACUUUUGUUUUUGGUGUCAACAUUGAACACCGUGACCAUGAUGGCAUGUUUAUCUACAACUGUAGCCGCCUGAUCAAAAUGUAUGAGAAAGUGGGCCCACAGCUGGAAAAGGGCAUGGUAUGUGGUGGGGUUGUUGGAGUCAUUGAUGUGCCCUACUUGGUCCUGGAACCUACACAUAACAAGCAAGACUUUGCUGAUGCCAAGGAGUACCGCCACCUUCUGCGGGCAAUGGGGGAGCACCUGGCACAGUACUGGAAGGACAUAGAAAUUGCCCAGCAUGGAAUUAUUAAGUUCUGGGAUGAGUUUGGCUACCUUUCAGCUAACUGGAACAGACCCCCAUCUGAUGAGUUGCAUUUCAAACGCAAGAGGGCUAUGCAAGUCCCAACCACUAUACAGUGUGAUUUAUGUCUAAAGUGGAGGACCCUCCCCUUCCAGUUAAGUGCUGUAGAAGAAGGUUACCCCAUCAACUGGGUUUGUUCCAUGAACCCUGAUCCUGAACAGGACCAGUGUGAGGCUUUUGAACUGAAGCAGAAGAUUCCUCUGGGGAUAUUAAAAAAGGCCCCGAAGACACAGGAAGAAAGACAGAAGCAGCUGACAGAGAAAAUUCAACAGGAGCAGAGGAAGCUUAAGGCCCUCAAGAAAAUCAAGCCUAUCCAUUCACAAAGCGACCUAAAAAAAUUACCCUUGGAAGUGACUUCCAGACCUUUCUCCAAAUAUCCUGCUCAUAUAUUUCAGGGUCCUCAGUCGUCUUUCCAUGUAGUAAAAACGAAUGCCCGACGAAGACCUCAGUCCAGGCAUGCUCCAUUCAGACAGCUCCAAAGGUCUUCUAUCAUCUGCACCAAUCCAAAACCUCCUUUUCUGGUAGACAAAACAGAGGCUGUGCUGCUCCAGCCACCCGAGACACCCCAAAAGUCAGUGAGCCUCCUGGUCAAAACUAUACCCCAACCCCCACCUCUGGUACAAUCCCUGUCACCAUCUGUAGUCCCCAAGUCCAACAACCCUUGGAAGGUCGAAACUCCCCAAAUCAUGAACACUCCAGUGGCCGAGAUGCCAUAUGUACCUGUUAAUCCUUCACUGGUGAUUUGUGAUCAUAAGCGGAGUCCUGAGGUCUCUGAUGAAAUAGAAGAUGAAGACAGGAGGAAGAGGAUGUGCAAGCGGGGCAGGUUUACUGUGAAAAAAGAAAAGAUUCAAGCAAGUGAGCUCUCAGACAGCUCUGGGGAAGAGAAUCCAGUUGACCUCAAGACAGCUCAGAAAGAUAAAGGGCUGUAUGUGGAGGUACGUAUGAUGGGAGAGUGCUACAAGGGCCAUGUCACAGCUGUGGAGGUGGGUGAUAAUGUGGUAUGGUGGAAGGUCAAGUUUGAGGAUAUGCCCAAGGAUAGCACACCAAGAGACUGCUGGGUGGAAAAGGGCAGUGAAAAUGUAUGGCUAGUGAAGCCAUCUCCAGAGUACCAGAGCACUGAUGAACAGCAAGAGGAUAGAAAGGGGGAGGAGGACACUGUGGUCCAGCAGGCUUUGGCACUGCAGCAGACCUCCACCUCUGAAUGCUUCUGCACUGAACCCGACACUACUGCCUCAACAGCCAACCACAAGACCAUUGACCUCUUGGUCCAAAUUCUCUGGAACUGCCUACAUUAUUUCAUGCCUCUGAGUUUUCCCAUAUCCAAGAAGGAGCUAGGUGCCAUGAAUUCAGAAGAAUUACUGUCUCUCCCUCUGAAAGAGUGCUUCAAGCAAUAUGAAGUCGGACUCCAGAAUCUCUGCCGCUCCUACCAAAGAUGUGCUGACUCACAAGCCAAGGUCUCUGAGGAAAGCCUGCGCAUCUCCCAGAAAAAACUCCAGGAAACAGAGGAGAAACUCCAGAAGCUGAGGACCAACAUUCAGACGCUCCUGCAAAUGGCUCAGCAGGGCAUAAACAUCAGGGCAGAUGAUGAGCUAGAUGCCUACAUUGAGGAUCUUGUCAGCAGUGAUGACUGAGGGACAUCAAAAGAGAUCAGCUCUCCUCCUCAAAACUUCCACAGUCUCUGUGGAGGGAAGUUUCAUUCAUGUGUUUUGGGAGGGGGACUCUGGUCCUUUGAAUCUUCCUCCCUGAAUUUAUAAAUAUUUUUAAAGAUUUA